UGGGCGGAGCCUCUGCUCUGCAUCAUAAUACCAUCAGACCAGCGGUUUCACAAAGAGACGAAGUAAAAACCCCGUGGCCUGCACCGCUACUUCUGCUGCAGCUACAUAUCAUGUACCCACUGUGUAGAAAGCAGCACUGGACUCAAGCUUAAUGGAAAUAAAAAAGAGAGGAGAGACGACUGUAAAAAGAAAAAUGUCCAGAUGACAACGACUAUGCUGACAUAGCUAAAGAAUUAUCAGCUCAUCAGCACUUCCUUCAUCCUACUAUCACCACCCCAUCAUCUGUCCGGCCAUGUUGGUUAGGAGGAAGCUUUACGUCAUUGUGGCAAUUGCUGUUGUUCUCCUCCUGAUGCUCGCAAGCCACAGCAUCCAAAGGAGACACAUCCUGCCACUGUCAAUAACCCAACUCAACAGCAGAGCCACAGCCUCCAGCAGGGACACUGUGGUUGAACCAACAGUGGCCCCUGCUGUCCUGUCUCAUCCCCCUUUUCCUCCCAGUACCAUAUUCACUGAGGCUGAUGUAGAAGAAGAGGACGAGGAAGACAAUGAAGAGGAAGACGAGGAGCACCCUGAAGAGAACGUCCAGCACCAAAAGUCAUGCAGUUGCUCAGAUGGUUGUAUUUCAGACCCCACGGGGUCUCGCUGGUUCAGCAAACGCUACAACCCCGAACAGCAACCUAUUCUACAAGCCAAGAACAACAACUUUGACCCUGAUGCACUGGCAUGGUGGCUGGGUCUUCAGCGGUCUGGUAAUGACCAUAGUUUAGAGGAAGUGAUGGCAAAAAUGUUCCAGGUCAUUUCCCCACCCCCUGUGGACACCAGGCCAUUAUCCACACGUUGCCGUAAAUGUGCAGUUGUCGGCAACUCGGGCAACCUGCGGGGGUCCGGGCUCGGCAAAUUAAUCGACUCGUACAGCUUCAUAAUUCGAAUGAACAAGGCAGUGACACGAGGUUUUGAAAAGGAUGUCGGGAACAGGACGACGCAUCACUUCCUGUACCCGGAGAGUGCUGUGGAUGUGGAACAUGGGGUCAACCUCGUCCUGUUGCCAUUCAAGCUGAGGGACCUGGAGUGGCUGACCAGUGCGUUGUCAACCGGCCAUAUCAAGAUGACUUACAUGAGGGUCAAAGACAGAGUGGGGGCUGAUAAAGACAAGGUCCUGGUGGUGAAUCCAGUCUUCUUUAAGUAUGUCCAUGAUCACUGGACAGAGCAUCACGGUCGCUAUCCGUCCACCGGCAUGCUGGCAAUCAUCUUUGCUCUGCACACUUGUGACCAGGUGUCUGUGUUUGGUUAUGGUGCUGAUACGCAGGGAAACUGGCAUCACUACUGGGAGAAGAACCGCUACGCUGGAGCCUUUAGGAAGACUGGUGUUCACAGUGCUGAUUUCGAGACAGAGGUCAUCCACACACUCAAAAAGGAGGGCAAGAUCAAGCUCUUCCUUUGACACACAUGAAAACUGAAAGAUCUGGUACUGAACAACCAAAUCUGAGCCAGAUAUGUGCUGCAUAUGUUUUUUUUCCCAACAUAGGACUAAUUGGACUGUAAUCAGAUAGCUGUUUUUUCUCUUUUCUGAUACCACUUUGCCUUCAGCAGCUUCCUUUUGGUUGCUGUUUUGCCUUUUCUUAGUCACCAAGCAUGAAAGUGAACUGACUUAACACAACAAACCUGCUGGGCAGCAAAGAUGUAUUUACAGACUUCUGCUGCUUUAAAGAUGUUCAUUUUGAACAAUCAGCCUUUUCUGAUCCCUUUACUGACUGUCCUGUCAUUGGUAAUUGAUGCCAUUGCCCACCAUGCAUUUUGCUCUGAAUGGGAAUCAACCACCAAUUUUUUGUAACAUAGACUUUUGUAUUGGAUUCUGUAGACACUACAAAGGGGUAACCUCUUUCUUUUUUUAAUUAAAAGCACUUUUUUAAUGAAGAGGAAAUGUUGGGUAAUGGUAAGAUGAUUGCUUUGCUCAUUAACCACACACAAACAUGGAUAGAUGUAUUGGCACCUGUUGUUUGAAUGUGUAAAAAUCAUUAAAUAAAUUAAUCUUUGACUGCAGCAGCGUGAUCUCAGUCAGAAAAUUUAGAAAAAUCCAACAUUUUUACUUGAGACAUUAUGUAUUCACACUUUGGGGGUGAGAAUCCUAGUCAAGAAAUAACUAAUUUUUACAAAAUCAACCCAGCUGUGACCAUUUUGUACAAACCCUUUUUGAUUAAAGAACAUGUUUUAGUCAUGUCCCAUAUUUAGCAAAGUUGGAGCAGCCAGGCAGAGAGGGAUUUUUGUGUUCAUCUGGCCAUGUGUUUUGGAUUAUUAUCUUGCUGAAAAACUCAGUGAAAAUACACUUAAACAAGUAAAGUAGUUUAGCAAACUUUACUUGUUUACAUUUGUGACAGUUAUGCCCACAUUAAUUAAUCCAUGUGGCUAUUUAAAUUAGUUUUUCUUAACCCUCCCGUGGUCUUGGCAUGUUUAGGAGGAGUGUGGUAAAUGUCAGGUCAGACUGCGAGGGGAAAAGUGUCACACUAGAUAGUUAGUUCCCAUAACCAUAUGAAAUUAUGCUGCCACAAUAAAACAUUAAUUUAUUUGAAAGAUUUUUACUCACCUUUGCCACAGGUGCCAAUGAAUGAUUGUAAGAGUACUUCUAGGAUUGUAUCAUUUAUAAUCCUUUCUUUUUAAGGUCCUUUAAAACCGUCCUUCUCUAUAGAAUCAUGACUGAAAGGAAUCUAGUUUGCUUUUCUUUUUUUUUUUUUACUAUAAACUCUGCCUGGGAUAUUUUCUUUUUUGGUCACAAUCAGAUGAGCCUACAAUUUGAGUUUAAAUAAUUUAAACACCUUGCAGGGUUUCUGUUUAUUUUUAAUGGGAUAUUGUCUUCCAGUUAGUCACAAUCAGCAAAAGCAAUGCCACAGUGUGACAGAUGCCUUUUAUUUAAUGGGACAUAAAACAGUAUCAUACUGCUACUGCAUGAUACUAACAAAUGUAAUUAUAGUAACACAUCAGUUGCUUUUUGUGGAAGAAUCUUGUUUUUCUUUCUUUAGUUGAGCCAAAUGGAACUUCAUGAUUCUUCCCUGAUCAUGGUGACAAACAUGACGACCAACAACAUUAUGAAGAUUUCCUGAAUAAAAUCUAACUAGUAACAUGAUAUAUGGACUCAAUGGAUGACAUGAAAAUUGAGAACAGUUUGGGGUUUGACCAAAAGACUCGCUAAAGAGGCACCGACCAGUUCAGCAGGCGGCAAUGACAGCUGUUGCACCUGCACUGUGAAUGUACAAAAAAAUAAUCUGAUGCUGAUUGUCCUCAAUAAUCAACUGAAUGUUUGCGUCUUGGUUUACACUAUAAUCAUGUUUAGAGUCCCCUGAGUGCUGAUAUAUCUGCAUUCAACAGGUUUGUUGUUGCUGUUUUUUAGCCCUAUUGAAAAUUACUUAUGAUCAAAGGCCAACUAACAGAGGGGAGGUUUAGAAAUUAGGUUGCAUGUGCACAUUAAAAUAAAUCUAAUUGUGUUUUGUAAAAACGGCAUUUAAAUUCAAAGCUGCACUGGAAAACUGCCUGCAUUUUACACUUUGUGUGAUUAAGCAAUAGAUUUUUGAUGUUUCAGAAGAUAAAAUGGUAAAUUUACAUAUUCUCUAUUAAUAAUACUAAGUAAAAUCAUUUGCUACAAUUUGAUUACAGGCAAACUGAUCCUUUGCAGGCUUAACUUGAGUGUAAUUGAGUUUUGGAUGUUUAAAUGUUUAUUUUUUACAGUUGCUUUAUUGAGAAUGUUGAGAUUUAAAUUCAUACCCCAAUGUGUGAAACUGCCCUGAGACUUAUGCUGGCUGAGAUGCUCCAUCUGCUUCAUACAACAUUGUUCUCUUUGAGAAUUUGACUUUUGUAGCAAACUUGAUAACAUUGAAAGUUUAUCCAAAGAGACAGCUUGUGGUCUUCAGUCAUUGUCCUCUUUAAGACUCCAGAAAUCUGCUGCCAUAAUUGUAAUUAUUUUGUUCGAAGCAGAUGGAAAACUCAGAAAUCAUUGUAAUGCUGGAUAUUCAUCUGUAAGCUGUUGCUCUGUCACUUUUACCAGUUCAUUCAUUGUUUGGUUCAUUCAGUACAAAAACUGCCUGAAUUCUCAAUUUAAUAAGAAACAUCUGCUGUUUUUUUUUAAAUAUUUCCCCUUCACUUUAACACGUUGCUUUGUCGCAGGAAAUUGCUGCCAAUAAAAUGGGAAACGCGCUAUUCUGGCAGUUUUCAGACGCUUAAUGACAGAGCAGCAGGCCUGAGUAUUACUUAACAUCUGGAUGCUAUCUUUACUGCCAAUAUGUCAAGUUGUUGCAGACAGAUAUACACUAUUAUACUUAGUGCUUUUUGUGCCUUUGAGUCCAAGAUUUUUGCUCUUCACUGCAUUCUGGGAGUGAGGAGUUUAUUUAAAUAAAGAGGCAUCUUCUAAUUAUCCUUUUUCCUUUCAUACAAGUCCAUACAUGAUGAACGGAUUUAAUCCAAAGGACCUGAUUAUGUGUUCAGCUUUAAUUAGGCUUUCUGUUCAGACUGAAAUAGUCAGUGUUGGGUUUCCAGUCACACACCAGUUUACGAUCAGCAAGAUCUAGAUGCCAAACUGAGCACUAUGUUCAUCCAAAACCGCAGACAACAUGUACCCACAAUCACUUUGACUUAAAUAAAAACAAGUGAAACCAAAAUAAAAUUGGUUUUGUUCUUUUAAA